CGUAGCUCUUCAGUUUCAGAAGCGGUUGAGCCUCGCCAGGUCGUCUCUCUCUCCCCACCGUGUCGUGCCCUCUCGGCCUCGGCCUCUCGGCUCCCCCCAGCUCUGGCCCUCUCCAAACCUCGGGCUCCAGGGCGUCUCCCGCCAACCCAAUUUCGCUUCCCGCCGCGAAUCCCCGCAACGCCCCGCAUUAAACCCCGCCCCAGAGGCCGCGCCCUUCGGCAGUUCGCGGACCCCCGGCCAGAAAUCCGAUUCCCAGCCGCCGCGGCUCGCUCUCGUCUUCCCCCCCCCCCCCCCUCCGCUCGAGCCCGCGCGGCUGCUACCGGCGGCGAUGAGCGCCGUGAACAUCACCAACGUGGCGGUGCUGGACAACCCCACCGCCUUCCUCAACCCCUUCCAGUUCGAGAUCUCCUACGAGUGCCUCGUGCCUCUCGACGACGAUCUGGAAUGGAAGCUUAUAUAUGUUGGAUCAGCAGAAGAUGAAAACUAUGAUCAACAACUUGAGAGCGUGCUUGUUGGUCCUGUCAAUGUUGGGACCUAUCGUUUCAUACUCCAGGCUGACCCACCGGAUCCCUCAAAGAUCCGUGAGGAAGACAUAAUUGGUGUGACCGUAUUGCUAUUGACAUGCUCUUACAUGGGCCAGGAGUUCAUGAGAGUAGGUUACUACGUGAACAAUGAUUACGACGAUGAGCAAUUGAGAGAAGAGCCUCCAGCAAAGGUGCUAAUUGACAGGGUGCAGAGAAAUAUCUUAGCAGACAAGCCCCGUGUCACCAAGUUCCCUAUCAACUUCCAUCCUGAACCCAAUACAAGCGCGGGACAGCAGCAGCAGGAACCCCAGACAGCCUCGCCAGAAAACCACACAGGCAAUGGUGAUGGAAGCAAGCCUGAAGCUGACCAAUGAGCACAGUUUGGUGUGCUAAUGUUUUGGUGUGCGUCUUCCAGGAUGUGCUGUAAUAUCGCAAAUGGGAUCUCUGGUUCCACAUUGCUCUGGGAUCCUGGUUCUAGCACUUGGUGGUUCUUUAGAACUGUUUGUUCUGUAACUUGAGUUGAAUGCCGGGUGCCUGGAUGUUUCAUUAGACCAGAAGUGUACUUUCAGCAUGUUCUCUUGCAAUUCCUGUAUUGCUUUAGAGUACUAGAGUAGUAUUUCAGCCUAAACUACUGGCUGGCUAUUCAUCAGCUUUAUGGUAUAGAUUCUAACUGGGGAAUCCUUUUGCUCA